UUAUUUUUUUGUGUUGCUUUGCUGUUCCGUAUUUCGAAGUUCGAACCGCAAGCCGCUCAAAUCAAAUCAGUUUCUGUGAAAAUCGCGCCGGAUACGGACACGUACGUGGAUUGCGGCGGAGAAUCCGGAUAAUCGUGUGGAGCGCCGGGAAUCAUGACGAAAACGACAAAGCCUAAGGAGAAGGCAGCGGCGGGAGGGGCGGUGAUAGGGUCGGGAUCGGGAUUGGGUUCGGCGGCCAAGGCGGGCGGCGGUAGUCUGCUUACGAAUGCGGCGGACAGUAAGAUCCGCACGGCGAAGUCCAACAACAACAAGCGGCAGGCAGGACGAGCGGCGACCACUGCAGCAACAGCAGCAGCAACUACAACAACAGCAACAGCCUUAGCGGCAACAACAACAGCGGGAGCAACAGGAUCAAAUGCAGCAGCGAAAGAGACGGCAAUAGCGAUCGAAACGGAGAACGGAGAAGCAGCGACGCCGACUGCGGCAGCAACGCCCGCCGCAGCGAAUUUAUCGUCACUUGAGUCCGCUCGCUCGCAGGCUCUCACUUCAGUUGUCAGCGAAACAGCAAGGCAAGCGGUUACCACAGCAAACGCGUCGGCAACAGCAACACCAACAUCAACAGUUAUAGCAGCAGCAACAGAAAUAGCAACCGCAACAGCAAGCGACGCGGCAGCAACAUCUGAAGCAGCGAUCGAUGACGAUCCAAGUGCGAUAAAUACUAAUAAUAAUAAUAAUAGUAAAGCGCAGAACGACGCGAGUGAAAGUGUUAAAACAAAAGUGAUAAGCUACCAUCAGUCGGAGGAUCAACAGCAGCAGCAACAAGCCCAGAUCUACGAGCAACAGCAACAGUUUCUCAGCCAGCAAUUAAUAAGCCACCAUCAGCAGGAGCAGCAUCAGCAGGCGCAGCAGCAGCAACAGCAUCAGCAGGCGGUGCAGGAGCAACACCAGGCCAGUUGGCUGGCCUAUGACCUGACCAGCGGAUCAGCGGCAGCAGCAGCGGCGGCCGUGGCAGCAGCAUCGCAUCCCCAUCUCUUCGGGCAGUUCCCCUAUCCGCCCAGCCAUCAUACGUCUACCCAGCUCUACGAGCACUACCCCAGCACGGAUCCCAUAAUGCGGAACAACUUUGCGUUCUACAGCGUCUACACCGGAGGCGGUGGCGGAGUGACCAGCCACGAGCAUUUGGCAGCGGCGGCGGCUGCGGCAGCAGCAGUGGCCCAGGGCACCACGCCCAACAUAGACGAGGUCAUCCAGGACACGCUGAAGGACGAGUGCUUCGAGGAUGGCCACAGCACCGACUACCAUGUGCUGACCUCCGUGUCCGAUAUGCAUACGCUGAAGGACGCCAGUCCCUAUGCCCUCACCCACGAGCAACUCCACCAGCAGCAGCACCACCACCAGCAGCAACUACAUCAUCACCAGCAGCAGCAGCAGCAACUCUACCACCAGCAACAGCAGCAGCAGCAACAUCAUCACCACCACAACAACUCCACCAGUUCGGCGGGUGGGGACUCCCCGUCGUCCUCGCACGCACUGUCCACCCUGCAGAGCUUCACCCAGCUGACCAGCGCCACCCAGCGUGAUAGCCUCUCGCCGGAGAAUGACGCCUACUUUGCGGCCGCCCAGCUCGGCAGCAGCUUGCAGAACAGCUCUGUUUAUGCUGGCUCCUUGCUUACUCAGACCGCCAAUGGCAUUCAGUACGGCAUGCAGUCCCCCAACCAAACACACGCCCAUCUCCAGCAGCAGCACCAUCAACAGCAGCAGCAGCAGCAGCAACAUCAGCAACACCAGCAGCAGCAACUGCAGCAGCAACAUCACCACAAUCAGCACCAGCACCACAACUCCAGCAGCAGCAGUCCGGGGCCAGCGGGUCUGCACCACUCGAGCUCCUCGGCGGCCACGGCGGCAGCGGUGGCUGCGGCAACGGCGGCGGUCAAUGGACACAACAGCUCCUUGGAGGACGGCUACGGAUCGCCAAGGAGCAGCCACAGUGGCGGCGGGGGCGGUGGUACACUGCCAGCCUUCCAGCGGAUCGCAUACCCCAACAGUGGCUCGGUGGAACGUUAUGCUCCGAUGACCAAUUAUCGCGGUCAGAACGAUACCUGGUUCGAUCCGUUAGGCUACGCCACCUCCUCUUCCGGGCAGGCGCAGUUGGGCGUCGGAGUUGGAGCCGGAGUGGUCUCGAAUGUGAUACGGAAUGGUCGGGCCAUUUCGGCUGCUAAUGCAGCAGCCGCAGCCGCAGUGGAUGGAACCACUGGACGCGUAGAUCCUGGAACCUUUCUCUCCGCCUCGGCAUCGUUGUCAGCAAUGGCCGCUGAAUCAGGCGGGGAUUUCUAUAAACCCAACUCAUUUAAUGUGGGCGGCGGUGGCCGUAGUAAGGCCAACACGAGUGGUGCCGCCAGCUCCUACUCCUGUCCAGGCUCGAGUGCAACCUCGGCGGCGACUUCGGCGGUGGCGUCGGGAACGGCAGCAACUGCAGCGACGACGCUCGACGAGCACGUUAGUCGCGCCAAUUCGAGACGCUUGAGCGCCUCAAAGCGAGCCGGGCUUUCCUGCUCCAACUGCCACACCACCCACACAUCGUUGUGGCGCCGCAAUCCCGCCGGAGAGCCAGUCUGCAAUGCCUGCGGCCUGUACUAUAAGCUCCACAGUGUCCCACGGCCACUGACCAUGAAAAAGGACACCAUUCAGAAACGCAAGCGCAAGCCCAAGGGAACGAAGAGCGAGAAGUCCAAGUCAAAGUCGAAGAACGCUUUGAAUGCAAUCAUGGAAAGUGGUUCGUUGGCGACAAGUUGCCAUAACGUUGGCGUCGUCCUGGACAGCAGCCAGAUGGAUGUCAAUGACGAUAUGAAACCACAGCUCGAUCUGAAACCAUACAACUCAUACUCAUCGCAGCCGCAGCAACAGCUUCCGCAGUACCAGCAGCAGCAGCAGCAGUCGCUGCUAAUGGCUGAUCAGCACUCAUCGGCGGCCAGCUCGCCCCAUAGCAUGGGUUCCACAUCAUUGUCGCCAUCAGCCAUGUCACAUCAGCAUCAGACUCAUCCACAUCAGCAGCAACAGCAGCAGCUCUGUUCCGGGCUGGACAUGUCGCCCAACUCAAACUACCAAAUGUCGCCCCUCAACAUGCAGCAGCAUCAGCAGCAGCAAUCGUGCAGCAUGCAGCACUCACCCAGCACACCCACAUCCAUCUUCAACACCCCAUCGCCUACUCACCAGCUCCACAAUAACAACAACAACAACAGCUCGCUCUUCAACAACAACAACAACAAUAGUAGCAAUGAGAAUAACAACAAACUUAUACAGAAAUAUCUGCAAGCUCAGCAACUGAGCAGCAGCAGCGGCUCAACCAGCGACCACCAGUUGCUGGCCCAACUGCUGCCGAACUCCAUUACGGCGGCAGCAGCAGCAGCAGCGGCGGCGGCAGCGGCGGCGAUCAAGACGGAGGCCUUGUCGCUCACCUCCCAGGCCAACUGCUCCACGGCGUCGGCGGGACUUAUGGUCACCUCAACACCGACCACGGCAUCGAACACAUUAUCGUCCCUGAGUCACAGCAACAUUAUUAGUCUGCAGAAUCCGUAUCAGCAGGCCGGUAUGACGCUCUGCAAGCCCACGAGAGCUUCACCACCCUACUACCUGACUCCGGAGGAGGAUGAGCAGCCCGCUCUCAUCAAGAUGGAGGAGAUGGAUCAGUCGCAACAGCAGCAGCAGCAGCAUCAGCAGCAACAACAUGGAGAGAUAAUGCUCAGCCGAUCGGCCUCGCUGGACGAGCACUACGAACUGGCCGCCUUCCAGAGACAUCAGCAGCAGCAGCAACAGCUGCAGCAGCAGACUGCUGCCCUUUUGGGUCAACAUGAGCAGCAUGUGACCAACUAUGCGAUGCACAAGUUCGGCGUUGACCGGGAAACAGUGGUGAAGAUGGAGUAGGCGCGACACGCUGUAUGUCGCACGACCAAAGAUUCUGUUGUUACAUUAAUCUCAUAGCUCCAAAGAAUUUAUAGCCUGUAUACCAAGAGCAGUUCUCAAAGAACACUCAUCUAUCUAAAAUCUAUCGAAUCAUUAGUUGUACAUACGGUCUAAGUCGAUUGACAUUUACAUUUUCGUCGAAUUUUUAUGGUCCACUACUCGAAAUUUGUUAUGAAAUACUAGUUUAAUUGUUAGCAAAAUGCCAACAGCAUAAAAUCGAUUCAGAAACUAGGCUAAGAAUAUUCAUUUAAAGUUUUGUUAUCAAAUCGAAUACCUUUUGAGAUUUCCCACAAUCAAAUUCCACUUAGAUAUUAGCCACAAAUCAUAGUUAAGUCAACCAAAAACGGCAAAUGAAAACGAAAAAGAAAAACAAUCGAAGUAACCAAUAAUCUCAUGCAAUUAGCUAUUAAUUUAUAUAUUUUUUAUAGCAUUAUCGAUAUAUAUUUAAUGCAAUUUAAGUUUUAGUCUGGUAUAUUUUUUACAUCAUAUUUGCAAUAUUAAUUUUAUUUCUCUUGAGUUAAUAAAAGACAAUUGUCCCUG